UGUUCUAACAGGCUCAUCAAUGAAAACCACAAUGGCAAUAAUAGCUCCAACAUGGUUCCUUCUUCUAGGGAUGGCUUGUUUCUUUGUUACUCACGCUUAUGAGGGGAACUUGCCUCCUAGGAAUAUUUAUGAUGGCACUCACCAUGAAGCAACACUUGCACUGAAGACAUUCAAGGCCUCCCUCACCAAGCAUAUCUCCAUUGCUUCAGCCUCUCCUAGCCCUCCUCUCCAAUUUCAGGAGCUCAAGAAAGUGAAGAAACAGAAACGACACGUGUACCGUGUGGCAUCUUAUGGUGCUGAUCCAACUGGCAAUAAAGACAGCACUAUAGCUCUUCUUGCAGCCAUAGCUCAUGCAACCAAAGGACCAAGUCAAGGGUUCUUGCUAGACGGCAUCCGUGACCUUGGAGGUGCCCUGAUUGAUCUUGAGGGUGGAAAAUACUUAAUCAGCCAACCUCUGCGGUUGCCGGCCGGGGUUGGAAACCUCAUGAUACAUGGGGGAACUCUAAGAGCCUCAAGUGAUUUUCCACCAAAUGGGCAUCUCAUUGAUUUGUCAAACCCUACAAGCUCUACUUCAGCAUCCUACAAUUAUGAGUUCAUUACUUUCAAGGACCUCUUGUUAGACUCCAACUUCAGGGGAGGAGGCAUUUCAGUCAACAACUCACUCAGAAUUAACAUAGACAAUUGUUACUUUACACACUUCACCACCACUGGAAUUCUAUCCAAAGGUGGCCAUGAAACCUACGUCAGAAACUCCUUCCUUGGCCAGCACAUCACCGCCGGCGGAGACAAAAAGGAAAGGAACUUCUCAGGCACUGCAAUAAGCCUCGAGGGAAACGAUAAUGCAGUUACAGAUGUUGUGAUUUUCUCUGCUGCCAUUGGUAUCAUGGUUACAGGUCAGGCCAACGCUUUUUCUGGUGUACAUUGCUACAAUAAGGCCACUUUCUUUGGAGGUACAGGGAUUUAUUUGAAGCUAGGCGGUUUGACACAAACCAGGAUUGUGAAUUCUUACAUGGAUUACACCAGCAUUGUUGCUGAAGACCCGGUUCAACUCCAUAUCUCUAGCAGUUUCUUCCUUGGCGAUGCCAAUAUUGUCCUAAAAUCAGACAAAGGGGUUGUAAAUGGUGUCAAUGUUGUUGAUAACAUGUUCUCUGGCUCAGGUAAUGGUGUUCAAAUUGUGAAGCUGGAUCAAUCAAAUGGUCCCUUUAAACAAGUUGAGCAAGUUUUUGUUGCUAGAAAUGUUGUGAAGGGUAUGAACUUAAAGGCUACAACUGCAACUAUGUCUGUGAAUGGGAAUGGAAACUUAUGGAUUGCUGAUUUUAACAAAAUUUUGCUUUUCCCUAACCUUAUCAAACAUGUUCAGUACUCAUUAAGCGCCACAGGCAGCACCUUCCCAAAUCAUGCUAUCAGAAAUGUGUCUGAAAAUCGUGUUGUGAUUGAAACAGACAAGACAGUAACUGCAAAAGUCUUUGUCACAGUGGAUCAAAGUAUGACAAGUUGAAAAAUGUUUGAA